UGAGCCGGUUGGUCAGCUGCCUUACGACACAUAACAAAUUGUAACAAAUUUCAUGUGUAUUCCAAAUUCCAAUUUCCAAAUUUAAAUCUGAUAUAUUUUAAAGAAUUUUAGCGCAAUGGGCGAAAGUUUUGUUGAAGCGAUCGGGAAACAGUUUGUGGACGAGUCCAGCUCUUUAGCAGAUAAGUUUAGAGCUCUUUUUACACUGAAGAAUACUGGAGGACAUAAAGCUAUUGACUGGAUUUGUAAAGGUUUCGAACAUGAUUCGGCCUUACUGAAACACGAGUGUGCCUAUUGUCUUGGUCAAAUGCAGGACGAGUAUGCCAUACCGUUCUUAAUCAGAGUAUUAGAGGACAGAAAUCAGGAACCUAUGGUUAGACACGAGGCAGGUGAAGCUCUUGGUGCAAUUGGUGCACCUGAAGUGAUCGAUGUCUUAACAAAAUGCCUAAAUGAUGAACAGAUCGAGGUAGCCGAGACGUGCGAAUUAGCCUUAGAAAGAAUAAAAUGGUUGCAGGAAAGACAGACACAUGAAAAAGAUAAAAUAAGUUCUAAUCCGUACAGCUCGGUGGAUCCAGCACCACCUGAUCUCAACUCGUUAAAUGACACCGUUUCUCUCAGAAAAGCCUUACUAGAUGAAUCACUUCCCUUAUUUAAAAGAUACAGGGCAUUGUUUUCCCUAAGAAACAUUGGUGGAACCAAAGCUGUUGUGGCUUUGGCUGAAGGAUUACGGUGUAACAGUGCUCUAUUUCGUCAUGAAAUAGCUUAUGUUUUGGGUCAAAUGCAACAUGAAGCCUGUGUGACGCAACUUAAAGAGUGCCUUGAGAAGAACACUGAAAACCCAAUGGUACGACACGAGUGCGCAGAGGCGCUAGGCGCUAUCGCAAAGGGGGAAUGUCGUGAAAUUCUAGAAAAAUUUGCUCAGGACAAGGAACGUGUAGUUAAGGAAAGCUGCCUGGUGGCGUUAGAUAUGCACGACUAUCAAACAAGUGACGAACUGGAAUAUACUAAGACCAUCGAUAAUAAGACAAAAGGCACUGUCGGUUCUGAAUAAAAGAUGAAUUUUAAAGUUGGAUUAUAGUUAAUUAAUACUCAAUUAAAAGAUAUAAAUUUAUCAAGGAGGUUUAUCUAGAGGUAGGUCAGCUUUUUAUAUAAAUUAUAGUGUGAGAAAAAAUCAUCCACGCGUAUACUAAUGCGAAAGUUAUGUUUGUGUAUACAUCUUGACCGCACUUUGGUAGUGACUUUUUACCUUUAAUCUUUAACCUGAGAUAAUAUAUCAUAUAAAAUAGUACAAUUCAGGACUAAUAUUGCGAGUUACGUUUAAAACAUGCCCGCCGGGGCGAUAAAUUUGCCAUUUUUUUGGCAUCGUGAAUAAACAUUACUCAGUCAAGUCAUUGCUAUUGAUGAUGCAAAACUUGAGGUCAGGUCAUAAGCUUGAUUCGUUUCACCGCGCGAUACAAAAUCUGUAUACGUCGUCUGGAUGUCGGAUCUUUGUUUCGAAAAAGAUAAUAAUAAUAUACAUAUUUUUAAUAACGAAGUUAUUAAAGUUAUUCUUUAGAAUGCUCGGGAAAUUAAGUAGGCAAAACUUGCAAGAAAUGCUUUUUAGUGCGAAGUUUCCUUCGUGUGAAAUUUUGCAGUAGCUAUAUAUAAUGAUGAUGAGCGAGCUGGAUUCAAAUUAUUCAAUCAGUCAUAGUUUAAGCUUCCUCAGUUGUGAU